AUGGCCUCAUCUGUACCAGGUCCUAUCGAGCUACCUGUCUCCAAAUAUGACCAAUCCUCUUAUUGGGGGAGAGUUCGUCAUUGUGCAGGGAUUUCAGAUCCUACAAUGCUGUUCACUACUGAAAAUCACCUGGUAAACGCUAGAAAGAUCAUAAGUGAUUAUCGUAAUGGUAUACUUAAACAGCCAACACCUGAAUUUUGGAAGGCUAAGAAACAAUUAGACUCUACUGUGCAUCCAGAUACUGGUGAGACUGUGUUUCUGCCCUUCCGUAUGUCAUGUAAUGUCAUCUCAAAUGUCGUGGUAACAGCAGGUAUGUUGACGCCAGGUUUAGGUACCAUGGGGACUUUAUUUUGGCAAUGGGCUAAUCAGUCUUUGAAUGUUGCAGUAAAUGCUGCCAAUGCAAAUAAAUCAGAUCCGAUGUCUACAAAGCAACUUUUGACGAAUUAUACUAUUGCUGUAUCUGCUUCAUGUGGUGUAGCGGUGGGUUUAAACAAACUCGUCCCUAGAUUAAAGAAUAUUACUCCUUCUACAAGAUUGGUGCUUACUCGUCUGGUGCCAUUUGCGGCAGUUGUUAGUGCUGGUAUCGUAAAUGUAUUCCUAAUGAGAGGAAAUGAAAUUCGUAAUGGUAUUUCCGUCUAUGAUCAAGAUGGUGAAGAAGUUGGCAAAUCUAAGAAAGCAGCAUUCUUGGCCGUUGGUGAAACGGCUUUGAGUAGAAUUAUCAACGCUACUCCAGUCAUGGUGUUACCUCCAUUGGCCUUGAUUAAAUUACAAAGCGGAUUCUUAAAGGGUAAAUCAAUGAAGAUACAGAAUUUGACCAAUUUGGGUUUGAUUUCUGCAACUUUGUUUGCGGUUUUGCCUUUUGCUUUAGCUGUCUUCCCACAGCGCCAAAGCAUCCAUGUUUCAAAAUUGGAAUCAGAACUACAGGGCAAAACUACAAAAUCCGGCCAAAAGAUUGAAUAUGUUAACUUUAACAGAGGUAUUUGA